AUGAACAACUGGUAUCAAGAUUUCAUUUAUCCUUCACACGUGGACUUGGGCCUUGGAGCCCGUGCAUUUCUGCACUUCCCACCGCCGAAGAUUUCGAGCAGCCGCGGCAAGAGCUUCUUGGCUGGCUCGGUUCAUGCUUGCAUUGAGGGCAACGGCACCUUCUAUGCCGUCAGCGCCGAGAAGCGUGGCAUUCGCCAAUGUCAAACUCGUCCUAUUUUCCGAACAUUCCGCUCGAAGGACUUCCAGACAUAUGAUUUCCGCAAACUGGGUGCAGAAGCAGCGAAGCAGGGAACAUCCUCCCUAGUAUUCUCGUGGAAAGACAGUUCUCAUGUUGCCAUGAAGCUCUUUGUUGGCUCAGUGACGGUGGAAGCAAGACUCACGGAGCUAGUUGACAAUAAUACAACCAAUUUCUCAUUGUCGGCGACAUGCCACAAGUGUACCCUUUAUGAUGGAGGCCAAUGGAUGUCAUACAUGCCAGAACCUAUUCGGCAGUACUGGCAGUACAUGCCAAUGCGACCAGCACAAUCGGCGCAAGAUCCUGCUGUCAACGGCACAACGCAGCCGGGUGGCGCGCAAGGGUCAUUGUUCUGGAUUCUUGCUGAUAACAGCACUCAGAUGGUCUCAAUUGGAAGGGGGAGCAUCCCUGGCAAAGAUGAAGUCCUGUCUCUGCAGAUCAAGGGCGGCGGGAGUCUGGCUCAUCAGUUUGGUGUGUCCAAAGCUAUCUGGAACGUAAGCUCUGGCAUGGCGAGGCAUUUCUGCACCCCCAGCAUCCCGGCAACCCUAAAUGCAGACGGUCAUGGCACGAUCCGCCUUUCCACCUCUUUGCUUGAAGGGCUGUUCUGGGCACGGUCUCAGCAACUGGUGGCCUAUGCAUCCAACACAUCCAGAAAUGUUCUAGAUGCAGUACUCCGAAACGACCUGCAGGUUGGGAAGAUGCACUUCACAGUGGAUACGGAUACUGCUUCCUCUUCGGGAAAAUCUCCCCUGCUCUGGCUGUCAGUUGCAGGUGCCCGUGUCAGGACUUCGUGCCCCAGCCGCCAAGAGCCGCUUUUUGCAGCUUCAGUGCAACACAUGCGCAGCGCAGCUACAGCGCAAGGCCGCAAAGAGGCAGACGGCGGCAGCUUGGCUAUAUCGGUGACGGUACACACAGGGGAGCAUGCCGCCCCUGAUGUGUCUGAUUUCCGCUUGCAUAAUCCACAGGUCCCCAUGGACGACUCCGUUCCAACUUUCCUGUUGACCGAUAUUGUCCAAGCCAUGAACAUGAGGCUUGAGCAUAUCACUCUCCACAUCCCACGCGAGCUUGCUCAGUUCAUCCCAUGCCCCAUGAUAAAGGGUAAGUGCCGGAACAUGCGGCUGUACUCGUUGAGCAAGCAACACGACGCCGGUGGAUACCUUGAGUUUAUUGAUGCAGAAGCUGCCGCUGCUGAGACUUUCGCUGCAGAGCAGCCAAAGCUUGCCAGCAGUAGCGACAAGCAGAAGGAUGAAGGCAUUGUUACUUCGCUGAUCGCAUGCAUCCUGUGGCUGCUCUGGCUGUUGAAUCUCGGGCUGUCUGUCUGGACUUCUUGGGAGUGGGUAGUGUCUUCUGUCACUCUCUCCAUUCUCUGCUUGGCUUGGCACUUUACUGGUCCCUUUGCAGGUUUUUCCGAGUCGGCCUUCUCAGACCUUGGUAUCUCAAAGCAGGAUUCUCCUACAGACGUGAUCGAGUGUAUGCAGCGCUGCAACUAUGCCGCGGUUGCAGCUACUUAUGUAUGCGCAAUAUGGCCUCUGGUGAUUGCCACAGUGAGGCGAGUCCGGCAGUUGCUGUCCGUGGUUGCUUUUGCGGCCCGUGCAGCAGAAGUUCCACGAUCUCUGACGAAGCUGUUCGAGGCAUCCACUGCAGAAACGGUGCUUGGCCAUAUCCUUUUCAGCGCCCUUGUUUGUGUCUCGCAGCUGGCUUUUAUCAUUGUUAUUCCGCUGAGAGUGAACCUGGGCAAGCAAGUCGCGCUGCAUGUCGCAUCAAGCUCGGAGAACUGGUACCCUGGCACCGCAGUGGACAUUAUAAAGGCGGUGUUGGGCAAUUCAGACUUUGAUAUCCAUAGGGCAACGGGAACUUUUGUCAGCUGUAGCUUCACGGCCUUGUAUGUGUCCCAUCUUGGGCUUUACUUGAUCUUCUUCUUGCUGGCUCUUUCGCCGGGGGUCUUCAUUGGAGCCUUGGUCUUUACGACCAUGCAUUGGAGCGAGCGCCAGGUGCGAGGAAUGGUGGACAUGUCAACGUCGUUCAUCUUGAUGAUGGAGCUCCUACCGUCUGCUGCGAUCCUGGGUGCAUUCACGAUUGCAUAUCAAAUCUUGGGUGGCAACUCAACGUGGUGGCUUGCAUAUGGAAUCAUCGGCGUGUGUAGGCCGUUAUUUUCAGUGCCUUUGUUCCGAAUGUUGCACAGACAGGAGAGGGAGCAGAAGCCCAUGGGCACGAUCUUGUCCCUUGCGGCUGCAUACAUUGGCUUGUCACUUGUGGGCAUUUCAAUGCUUUGGAACCACUUUCACAGGGCUUUGGAGGGCUUGUCCGGCUCCACUGCACUUCACACGCCAUUUUCCGGCUUGAGCAUGUCUUUCGUCGCGUCUCAGUUUGUCACGCUUGGAUGGGUCAUCGCCAUCAGCAUGUACUCCAUACUGCAAGACAUAGCGUGGAACUCCAGCAAGAUUUUGAAGAAGGUCAAACGGGGUUUGCAGGAUGCGGCAGGCGAACUCAUCAGGCGCACCGUCGCAGGACGCCUCUUCUGCAUCAAGAGCCACCUUUCCCCAGAGUUUCUGAAGCAUCUGUGGCAACAGUCAUUUCCUUGGAUAAUCUGGACUCUGGAGAUGGAUGCCCUGGUUUCCUUGUAUUACCAUGCAGUGAAGAUUGUUUGGUUAGGCCUCAUGUCUGACUUCUUCCUGUAUGAAGUGAAGGCGUUGCUGCUGAUGCUCUUCACCUGGCCCUUGCAGUCUGAUCAAGAUCUCCGGGCGAGAUUGGAGCAGCUGCCACGAGUCGAUUCCGGUAAGCUGGAUUUCUCCUGGACGACUGCUGCCGGCCUUUUGUUCUUGUGCAUCGCUGGAAGCUGGUGGACGCUCGAUGGCCGGGGAGUCAGCGCGUUGCGAAAUACCAUGUCGGGCAGGAAUUCCUUUGGGUUCUCGCAUGGUUUGCUUGCCUUUCUCCGGGAGAACUUGAUCCGAGAUGGCCUUCCACACACAUGGGGAAUUGUGCAAAGUAAGGUGGCCGCAGAGUUUGGCAUCGAACAGCUGCGGAAGUUUCUCGCCAAGAACAAGUAUUACUCGGGCAGCCAACAUACCGUUCUUGACCAGCCCUUUCUGGAGUACCAGUGGUGCUUGUCGCUCUCCUUCACCUUCCAGGCUCUCCUGCUACUUCUCGUAUUCGCAUCCGCAGUUUGCGAACACAAUGGUUGGAAGGACAGAAGCCAGACUUGUGCCUUCGCAGCUGCUGGCGUGGCAAUGAUGUCUGCCUUGAGCACUUUUGUACCAAAUUACAUGCAGCUGACCCAGCUCCCCCAAGAAUUUGCUGGCUGUGGAACUAGAUUCGACAGCCUCGUGCAAUUCAUGGUGUCUCGUGUGCUGGGGAUGAUGUUUGGUGCAUUGCUCGGCAUGCAAGCAUUUGGUGUCCUUUUCGCGAUUCCGGUAUCUGCAGUCCGCGGUAUCUGGCUUGUAAUGAUGCAAACUGAGAUGCGGCGCUGCAUGCAUCAGGUUUUGCGAGGAUCCAUGUGGCUGCUAGCGCUGCUGAUUCCCUGUGUUACGAUCUUCCCGCUGCUGUUCUUCAACCAGCUCACAGAGGACGCGUGGUCUCAGAAUAUCGUUCUCGGCUUCUGGGUGGUGCCCUCACUUGUCAUCGUGUUCUGCAGCAAGCAGACCAAUCAGAGCUGGUUUUACUUCUUGUGGCUCACGACAUAUCUGGCAUUCAUGGGAGUGUAUUUGCUGAGGCAAGCCUGCAACCUGGGAGUGAAGAUAUCUGACAUUCUAGCAAAGAUUGACCUUCCCUGGCUAUGGUCGACAAUGCAUGCGGACUUCUGCCUCACGAAUGUGUUCGUUACGGACUUGGUCUGGCUUGCUCUCCACGGCGUGAUGGAAGAUUCUGAGGCCCAUGGAAGUGACUCCGACAUGUCACCCCUCAACGACAGAGAGCCUGCGAGGACUUGUCUUGCCAUCCAAGCCUCGUUGCCACUGGAUGAUGUCCAUUUCACUCAACUUCCAGGCUUGGAGAGCAAAUCCGAGAAGGCAGGGGUUACUUGUCUUCACUUCGAGACCGCGGCAUUUGCGCAGGCGGCAGCGUCGACGCCCCUUUCUCAUGGGCGUUUGGUGCCACUCGCUUCAUUCGUACCCCUAGAGCCGAGACAUGGUUGA